AACAGGAACGCAUACAGGCGUAUGUGAUUUACAGAGGUUCAGUCCUCUGUGAGCCGACUGCCAACAUGCAGUUCUGGGAUAUCCUGGGGUGCACCAAUGGAGAUAUUUCUAGGAUAUCAUACUACACUGAAUAUGACAGCAAGUUAGCCCCAGCCGCAGCUUCCGAGUCAGGCAUGGCGUCGUCUUCCUACUUGGAGCCGAACCACAAUCACUCGGCAACGGGUGGUUGUGGGGUGAAAUCCCGGUCUGGGAUGCCUGGUGGUACUGGUGUUGGUACCAGCGGCUCUGCAGGAGGUCUCGAGCGGCCACCAGGCUCCAUGGACAGGGUCCUGAAGAUCUUCCAUUAUUUUGAGACAAACAGCGAACCAUGCACCUGGGCUAGUAAUAUCAGGCACGGAGAUGCUACAGAUGUCAGGGGUGUUAUCCAGAAGAUAGCAGAGAUCCACAAAUUGCGCUGUGUGUCCUCUCUGGGCCUCCGGCUGACCCACCUGCACUCUGAUGCACUUCAUUGGUUACACCCUGAUUUGGGCGUUUGUCACAUCAGGGAGAAAUAUGAGAAACAGCACCCCCAGGAGGAGUGGAGGUAUGAGUUGCGGAUGCGGUACCUUCCUAAAGGUUAUCUCAGCCAUUUCUCUGAAGACAAACCCUCUCUCAACUACCUCUAUCACCAGGUAAAAAGUGACUACAUGCACCAUAUAGCUGAUCAGGUGGAUCAAGAAGUCGCUUUGAAACUGGGCUGUUUGGAAAUCAGGAGGUUUUUCAGGGAGAUGCCAGGAAACGCUCUUGACAAGAAAUCUAAUUAUGAACUACUAGAGAAAGAUGUUGGUCUGAGGAGGUUCUUCCCUAAAAGCCUGCUGGACUCCCUGAAGGCGAAGACUCUCCGUAAGCAGAUCCAGCAGACCUUCAAGCCGUUCGCUAACCUCAACGAUGAGCAGAGCAUCCACAAGUUCUUUGAGAUACUCUCUCCCAUCUACCGCUUUGACAAAGAGUGCUUCAAAUGUGCUUUGGGGUGUAGUUGGGUAAUAUCAGUAGAGUUAGCUAUCGGACCAGAGGAAGGAAUCAGCUACCUCACAGAUAAGGGCUCAACGCCUACACACUUAGCUAACUUUAACCAGGUUCAGUCCAUUCAAUACUCUGCACUGGAGGAGAAAGACAGGAAAGGCAUGCUGCAGCUCAACGUAGCAGGAGCUCCAGAGCCCCUCACAGUCACCACGGCAUUGCUGACAACUGCAGAAAACAUGGCUGACUUGAUUGACGGUUACUGUCGGCUCGUCUCCUCAGCUACUCACUCCUUCAUUGUCAGAGUCCACAAAGAGGGUGACAGAGCUCUGCCUUCCAUCCCCAAAGUUUCAAAUCAUGAGAGGCGGAUGGAAAAACGAAUGGAUGGAGUACGAACCAGAGCUGUCUGUGUCUCGGGUCACACUAGUGGCGAUGAAACAGACGACUACGCAGAGAUCAUAGAUGAGGAGGACACCUAUACCAUGCCAUCAAGUAAGUAGACACACACAGGUGCUUAUACAUGACAGGCAGCUGACUUGACACAAAGUCUUGUAUAGCACAUUGUGUGAUCGCUUGAUCAUGUGGGCUCAGACAAGGUUUAGUAAGGUGAUGAGGAUGAAAGAUUUUUAGGUGUGUGUGUGUGUG